UGUUUCCUGUCUCUCGAUUGGCUGACAAAGAAUGAUAAAUUUGAACCUGCCUGAAAGGUUAAUGCAAACAUUAUAAACACAGUGUGUGGACACAUUAAUUUUCUGUGUUGGCUCAGGUACGUCUGCCGCCCCAUCCUAAACACCCCAUUAUGUGACAAUUAACAUACUUCAUCCCCCCAAAAAAACACUUCAGUCACGUUUUACUUUACUAUCAAACACACACAUGAGGCUACCAUAGCAACUUCCGUCCCCCACCAGGUUCAAUUACAUUCAAAUCUGUGGCAGUUGCAAAUCAAAGUCUUGAAGAAGUCGAACUCACUGCACGAUGGCCAUAUUCAUGGACAAAUUGAAUAUGAUUACGUUUUAACAACAAACCAAAGUCAUGGUCACAGCUCUACUCAUGAAUUCAUUGGUGUUAUGCAACAUUCUACAAGGAAGGCCAUUCCUCAAGAAGAUUUGCUUGAACGCAGUGGUCAGGAGAUCUCCCACUUGUAUUCUGUCUCGUGAUUAUUCACAUGAAAGACGGUCUGAUAGAAAGGGCAUCGUCUUGUCCUCGGAGCAUUAAACCUGGAUACUGCACUCUACAUCUGUAACGAUACACACGCUAAAAGGCUGGCAUACUGGAUCAUACUGAUGGACAGGUUCCUUUGAAGGCUAACUAACAAAUAAAUGACUGAUUGCAAUUGUUUCAUGAGUCUUUAAAGCAGCCAUCAUUGAUACUCUAAACCAGCAUCAUUACAACUGUGUUUAUAAAGAAUUUUCCUAUGAUCAAUGUACAUAGAACAUCUUACUGUACAACUGAUCAAUGGAUUGUAUAAAAUCUACUUGAAUACAUUCCAAACUGGGGACAAAUUAGGGAAAAUACAUUUUUAAACUGUUUAAAGCAUGCACCAAAGUCUUGUUUUGGAUAUAAAUGACAGACUAGUACAGCUUGUGUUAUGACAAGGAGUAAGGAGACAAAGAGACGUUUCUAAACUUAUGACAAGUAUAUCAAGCAAAAGGGAUGUUUAUCCAUUCAAAUCAGCGGAAAGUCACCAUUUGGAUUCAAAAUGACAGACUAUAAUGUUUUAAAGUGUUCCAAGCUAGGUUUACACUGUUUGAAACUCAAACUACUCCAAUGAAUGUGACAAAGCAAACAUUCAGAAUGGAUAACGAAAGUGAUGUUGGAUUAUUAAGUGAGGUAUCUAUAGAUUCCAGUAACAUCACAAGUUACCAGUAUUACCAGUCUUGGAGGGAUAUGUCUGACGUAGUGUAUGGCAUUAUCUCAGCUUUCCUCAUUCCAUGCAUUUGUAGUGGCAACUUACUUGUACUCAUUUCACUUUGGAAGUUCCCUAAACUGCGUACAAAGACAAACAUUUUUGUGGCCAAUCUGAGCAUUGCCGAUUCAAUAAUGGGUGCAGUGUCAAUUCCUAUGUACACAGCAUUCUUUUUCAAUCGGGAAAAGCUAGAGAAAUACAAGUACAUGUGCAUCUCAAAGUAUUCUAUAGUGGUUUUCUCGUCGAGUGCUUCGUUGCUGAGUCUGGUAGCCAUCGCUGUGGACAGGUACAUAGCCGUCAUCCAUCCCUUGAGAUAUCAUGUGAUCGUGACUCACAAACGAAUCAAAUGCUUCCUGAUUGGUCAGUGGACAUACGACCUUGUGACUUUCACCAUUCCGUACUUCUGGAACAACUAUGACUUGUAUCAGAGCUGCAACUUCUAUGUGAUCUUCCCACGUAUCUAUUCUGUGUUGACCGUUUUUGUUUCCAUCGCAAUCUGUUUGGUUGUAUCACUGUAUUUGUACAUCAGGAUCUUCCUGGUUGCUAGGAUACAUCGCCGUCGCCUCAACAUACCACAGCUCACGGAAGGUAACAAUGAUAAACAGUUACGGAAGGAUGCAAAGUCAGCUAAAAUCAUGGCUCUCAUUCUGUUCCUGUUCUUUAUUUUCUGGCUCCCGUUUCUCUUGGUCGGACCCAUACGGUAUUUGGGCGUCGCAGAAGACUUGAUGGUGAUAUUCAAAAACAUAACAUUAUUGAUAGCCAUGAGCAACUCCAUGGUGAACCCAAUUGUGUACUGUUGGCUAAGAAGGGACUUCACUAUAGCCUUCAAAAGGCUGUGUUGUUCUUGUAACAUCAUACAAAAGAGAAACGGAGUCAUGGAGUACAGCAUACAAAGCAAUAACCACAGCACAAAGUCAAACAGUGAGGACAACCAUGUCCUAAGAUCAGCCGGACAGAGUUCAGAUCCUGAAAGGUUGGAUGGCAUUGGACAGGGUGUGGAAAUAAUAGCUCAUAGGAGACUGGACUAGUUACCACGGAAAUAACUUGUCAAACAACAUCUACAGAAGGUAAUAGACUCUUGAUGGUAUGAAACCAAUGGCAUGAGAGAAGUUAGAUGGUAUUGCAAAGCCCAUACUGAGGACUUACCAUAGAAACCCAUGCCGCAGUCAGUGGACUAUAAAACCUAGGGGUGAAUGUAAAUACAUAAAUAUACAUGUAAAUAUUUUGACAUUUACUGUGUAGGUUGUUUUUUCUGUGAAUACAAACAUUUUCAAAUAUUUGUUUUAGGGUAGAGAGGAGACACCACUUUUCUACAAUUUGAAAAUAUUCUUUUCCUGUAAUUUAAAUUUGUACAAAGACAAUUACAUGUACAUUUUGAUGACUUUACAAGAACUCCGACAUA